GCUUCAACUCAGCAAAAGCCAUCUUUUUGAGUCAAGCUUGCCCUCUUCCUCUCGGAAUGCAUAUUUGGUUCUACAAGAUGAGGUUUGUGUGUUUCAAGUUGACCAUCAUCUGCCUGUGGCUUCUACCAUCAGCAGGCCAAGACACAAUCAAAGCCUCUGCUUUCUCAAGCCACCAAAGAAGGGCAGAUGAAGGAGAAGGAGGAGUUUCUGUAGGAGCGGCAUUGAAAGUGAAGCAUAUCUCCAAGGAUUUACAGAUUAUCUCCACUAAAUACAAAACCCCUGCGUAUGGAUCUCUCAGCCCAUACGGCUGGCCGCAGAACUUCUCCCAGGCCCACGAUCAACAUCUGUCCAAUCCGCAAUCCAAACCUCAUUCCAAAGUCUCCCCGAAAUCCAAGAAGAUUUUGGGAUGGGGUGACUUUUACUUCAAUGUAAAAACAUUAAAGUUCAGUCUUCUGGUGACCGGGAAAAUCGUGGAUCACAUCAACGGCACAUUCAGUGUCUACUUCCGCCACAACUCUUCGCAUUUAGGGAACAUAUCUGUCAGCAUUGUUCCACCCUCUAAAACUGUUGGCUUGGAGGUUCUGGAUCCAGGAGUUCCAAGUAUACGGACCAGGAAUUCGGUACUGUUACCAGACCUGGCUUCCCACAUUCAAUCCACUGGUUCCACCUCUCCAGACCUGAAGAAGCAGCAGGAUUUGAUGGUGAUGACUGAGCUCAACUGUCGCAUUGAUUACCAAAGAACCAACCGGUCCAAGAAGACCAAGCCCUGCAUGUAUGAUCCGGGUCAGACGUGCUACUCCGAAAACACCCAAUCACAGGCAGCGUGGAUUUGUGCCAAACCCUUUAAGGUCAUAUGCAUUUUCAUCGCCUUUACUGGAACAGACUACAGGCUGGUGCAAAAAGUUUGCCCUGACCGUAACUUUCAGGCGGACCAGAACCAGCAACACUUUGGAUGACUGGGUCUCAGUGAAGAAUUCAGUAUUAUUCACAAUUUAUUGCCUAUUCUGGUUCUUCAAAUGAGACUUGCCAUGAAAUGUGAUCAAAUGAUUCAGAAAUGUUUUUUUUUUUUUUUUUUACAUAUUUAUUUUUCUCCCUAUCCGAAUUUUUUAAAAUUCCCAUUUUCCCUAACUCUU